CGCAGUGAGACAGAGCAGAACAGGUUGGAGCAGCAGACUGACGCUGCGUCGCUCACUGGAGACUCUUUCUUUCCUGGAGGAACAUGGCUCAUUUCUGAGGAUUUCAGCAGGAGAAGAUUGUGAUUAAAGCUGUGGAUUCACCUGCUGUGUUUGUUUGGUGAGGAGGAGAAAAAAAAACACGAGAAAGGACGAGUGGAAUAGUGUUGGAAGAAGCGUCUGGGUUGUUUUUUUUUACCUUGUAAAGAGGAUUCGGGAAGUAGCUGCUGCUGCUGCGGCUGCUGAGAGUUAGUUCAGUGACAGAUACAAAGUGCGGCAGUGGAUACAUUGUUCACCAUGGCUCACAAUAGACUCCUGCGCGCUGUUUUCACCUUGUUGUUUACUGUCGCCUUCCUAAACGUGGGGAUUUACCGUGUGAACGGACAGUACGGCGGCGGCGACCGCGGAAUGUCGAUACCGGAGCACGGAUUCUGUCAGCCGAUCUCCAUACCACUGUGCACGGACAUCGCCUACAACGAGACCAUCAUGCCGAACCUGCUGGGUCACACCAACCAGGAGGACGCGGGGCUCGAGGUGCACCAGUUCUACCCGCUGGUGAAGGUUCAGUGCUCCCCGGACCUCAAGUUCUUCCUCUGCUCCAUGUACGCGCCCGUGUGCACGGUGAUCGAGAAGGCGCUGCCGCCGUGCCGCUCUCUGUGCGAGCGCGCGCGUCAAGGCUGCGAGGCGCUCAUGAAUAAGUUUGGCUUCCAGUGGCCCGACAGUCUCGCCUGCGAGUCCUUCCCCGUGCACGGCGCCGGGGAGCUGUGCGUCGGGCAGAACAUGUCGGACCGCACGGAGCCGGAGGCCCCCUCUCCUCCUCCGUACCCGACAGAGCGCACGGACCCCAUGCACGGUCAGUACCGCUGCCCGAACUCGCUGCGCGUGCCUCCCUAUCUGAACUACCGCUUCCUCGGGCAGGAAAACUGCGCCGCUCCCUGUGAGCCCAAAAGAUCCCACGGGAUGAUGUACUUCAGCGAGGAGGAGCUCAAAUUCGCCAGAAUCUGGAUCGGCAUCUGGUCAGUGCUGUGCUGCGCCUCCACCCUGUUCACGGUGUUGACCUACCUGGUGGACAUGAAGCGCUUCAGCUACCCGGAGCGCCCCAUCGUCUUCCUCUCCGGCUGCUACACCAUGGUGUCCAUCGCCUACAUCACUGGAUUUCUACUGGAGGACAAGGUGGUUUGCAAUGACAGGUUUGACAAUGACAUGCGGACUGUGGUGCAGGGGACAAAGAAGGAGGGCUGCACCAUCCUCUUCAUGAUGCUCUACUUCUUCAGCAUGGCCAGCUCCAUCUGGUGGGUCAUCCUGGCCCUCACCUGGUUCCUGGCAGCAGGGAUGAAAUGGGGCCACGAGGCCAUCGAGGCCAACUCGCAGUACUUCCACCUGGCAGCGUGGGCCGUGCCCGCCAUCAAGACCAUCACCAUCCUCGCCGUGGGGCAGGUGGAUGGAGAUGUUCUGAGUGGAGUUUGCUUCGUGGGCGUCAACAGCGUAGACGCCCUGCGGGGCUUCGUUCUGGCACCACUCUUCGUCUACCUGUUCAUCGGGACCUCGUUCCUCUUGGCGGGCUUCGUGUCCCUCUUCCGUAUCCGCACCAUCAUGAAGCACGAUGGCACCAAGACGGAGAAGCUGGAGAAGCUGAUGGUGCGGAUAGGGAUCUUCAGCGUGCUGUACACCGUGCCGGCCACCAUCGUCAUCGCGUGCUACUUCUACGAGCAGGCCUUCAGAGAGCAGUGGGAGAAGACGUGGGUCAGCCAGACGUGCAAGUCCUACGCCGUCCUGUGUCCGCACCAGAACCACCCCAACAUGAGCCCCGACUUCACUGUCUUCAUGAUUAAGUAUCUCAUGACUCUCAUCGUGGGCAUCACGUCUGGAUUUUGGAUCUGGUCCGGAAAGACACUGAACUCCUGGAGGAGGUUUUACACGAGACUGGCCAACAGUAAACAGGGCGAGACCACGGUGUGACGUGGUUUGACCCUGCACAGACUCCGUAGUGACAGAAAAACUGAAUGAUAAUCCUCGUUAUCUUCAUCUCUGUAUGUUU